GAGUCCUUGGUUCGUGAGGGGCGUCCCUAGGUCUUUAGUCCGCGACAAGCUUCCCAAGUGUGUCAGGGAUGACUCUGUCCCUGCUGUGAGAUCCCGGUCUCCGAGGCUGGGGACGGAGUCCGAGGCGCUCAGACGCCCGGGCGCCCGGCGAGGGGCUGGCCAUCGCCUGCCCUGGGCUUACCGCGCCCGCGUGUCCCCUGCCCCGCAGAUGGCUGCGAUCGCGGUGCUGGCGGCGGCCGCCGCGGCGUGGUGCUUCCUCCAAGUGGACAGCCGGCACCUGGACGCACUCGCCGGGGGCGCGGGCCCCAACCACGGCAAUUUCCUGGACAAUGACCAGUGGCUGAGCACCGUCUCCCAGUACGACCGGGACAAGUACUGGAACCGCUUCCGAGACGAUGAUUAUUUCAGAAACUGGAAUCCCAACAAGCCCUUUGACCAAGCCCUGGACCCAUCCAAGGAUCCCUGCCUGAAGGUGAAGUGCAGCCCUCACAAAGUGUGUGUGACCCAGGAUUACCAGGCUGCCCUGUGUGUCAGCCGCAAGCACCUGCUCCCCAGGCAAAAGAAGGGGAACGUGGCCCAUAAACACUGGGUUGGACCUUCGAAUUUGGUCAAGUGCAAGCCCUGUCCUGUGGCACUGUCGCCCAUGGUCUGCGGCUCUGAUGGCCACACAUACACGUCCAAGUGCAAGUUGGAAUUCCAUGCUUGCUCUACUGGCAAGAGCCUCACCAUCCUCUGUGAUGGGCCCUGUCCGUGUCUGCCGGAGCCUGAACCACCGAAACACAAGGCAGAAAAGAACACCUGCACAGACAAGGAAUUGAGGAACCUUGCUUCCCGGCUGAAAGACUGGUUUGGAGCCCUUCAUGAGGAUGCCAACAGAGUCAUCAAGCCCACCAGCUCUGACACUGCCCAAGGCAGGUUUGAUACCAGCAUCCUGCCCAUCUGCAAGGACUCCCUGGGCUGGAUGUUCAACAAGUUGGACAUGAACUACGAUCUCCUGCUUGACCACUCAGAGAUCAAUGCCAUCUACCUGGAUAAGUAUGAGCCCUGUAUCAAGCCUCUCUUCAACUCUUGUGACUCCUUCAAGGAUGGAAAACUCUCUAACAAUGAGUGGUGCUACUGCUUCCAAAAGCCCGGAGGUCUCCCUUGCCAGAAUGAAAUGAACAGAAUUCAGAAGCUGAGCAAGGGGAAAAGCCUGUUGGGGGCGUUCAUACCCCGGUGUAAUGAGGAGGGCUAUUACAAAGCCACACAGUGCCACGGCAGCACGGGGCAGUGCUGGUGUGUGGAUAAAUAUGGGAACGAGCUGGCUGGCACCAGGAAACAGGGCGCUGUGAGCUGUGAAGAGGAGCAGGAAACCUCAGGGGAUUUUGGCAGUGGCGGCUCGGUGGUCCUGCUUGACGACCUAGAGGAUGAACGGGAGCUGGGACCAAAAGACAGAGAGGGGAAGCUGCGGGUGCACACCCGGGCCGUGACGGAGGAUGACGAGGAUGAGGAUGACGACAAAGAGGAUGAGGUUGGGUACAUAUGGUAGUGCCCACAAGAAAGAGGACAUGAGUUUUGCACAAAAUUGCAAGUCACUUCCUAUCCUGCAUUUGUAUCUAAGACUCCAAAGCACCAAGGUCUCUUCUCUGUUGCUCUCUAUACCCGACCCGAGGUUUGGAAGACAACUGCUUGUUCCCAGAACAUUCUGAUUUUGCAUAGGUUUGUGUGGGAGAAAGGGUGUUUUGUUUGGGGUUUGGGGGGGACAGGGACAUAGCUGGCUUCAUUAGAGCCUCCUUUUCCCUCCCAUGAGAUUUUUGCAACACGCAUGUGAUUUAUGUGGAAUUCUGACAGUGCAGGGAGCCCCCACCCUCUCAAAUGUCAAAGACCCUUUUUGAUCACCCACACUGGUGGUUAUUGCAGCAUGGUUCCCAGCCUUACAGUGUCUAAGUGCUUUUCUUGUGUCCUGUAGAUGUCGUG